GUGAUUAGAUAGCGAUUGUGUAAGGACAUUAUCCUAGUUAUUGAAAUCCUUAUGUAUUUUAAGGGAAUGAAAAACUGCGAGAGAGCGGGCGAAUCUACGCUAAACAAUUCUUUUAUAUCAACUGAAUCAACAGUGCAGGAGUCAUUUGCUGAUGAAGAAACACGUUUCAUUAUCCCCGUUCACUUAGAAUCGGAAGAUAUAUCAUGGCUUGUAAUAUUAAUUAUCAUAAUUGCCUUUGGAAUUCUUGCUAACCUGACAACAAUUGGAAUUAUCAUUCGUUUGAAACAGUUUCAUAAACCUACCUACAUGGUCAUAGGAGCGUUAGCAAUAGCGGAUUUUGUGUCUCUGAUCCAAUAUCUAUGUCACCUGAUUCUUGCAAAGACCAACAGAAACUGUGUAGAUAAUAAUGGCCGUAUUUUUAUGACAGUUAUCUACAGUACAGCGCAUGCGUCUGCGUCACAUGUAGUGCUGCUGCUUGGAUUACGAUAUUAUUUGAUAGCUGUGCCUCUCAGAUCAAGGACGAUCAGAAAACGUCAUGUAUUGACAUUAUCAAUUUUAAUGUGGAUUUUCAGCGUGGUGUUUGGAGUUAUUUAUUAUUUUGCGAGAUUUAACGUGGCAAGAAACAAGAUCGCCAUUGUAGUACUGGUAUUCAGGGGCUAUCUUGUCUUGGUUCCUUGUAUCUUUAUGCUAGUUUUUCACAUGACAAAAAUAUACAAAUUAAGGACGUCUAUUAGUGGAUUCAGGAUUAGUCAGUACGUUCGAAGGAUGUCCGCCAUGAUUUUGAUCAUUAUGGUCAUUUACAUUUUUUCUGCUAUCAUAUUCCCCAUUACAUUUUCAUUAAACUUUUUCAAAGUGCUCAGCGAACGCGAAAGCAAAGUGAUUCAAAUCUGUGCACGAGUCGUAUGGUUAUUUAACCUUUCAGUCAACCCUAUCAUAUAUUUCAUUUACAGUCCAAAGGUCAGACGCAGUGUUACUGUACUUUGGAAGUCGGACCUAACUUUGCGUCGAGCUAGUCGAUAUUCAGCCUGCAAUUUACGAAGCAGUACGUGUUAGCAAAAAGGUGAUUUCUGGAAACUUGUGUAUAACAGUUUCGAGUGCUAAACCCUUUUAUUAAUAAAAUUCGUUUUUAUAAAUUAUUACAUGAAGUAACCAAAAAAAUUGAGAGAACUUUGCUUAAAAAACUCCUAUUCAAACACAUAUAUACUGUCAGAUCACAAAUUUUCAUGGGGUUAAAUUUCGUUGUUUUCGUAGUAUGAAGGAAACCACGAAUUCAUAUCCUCCAGGAAAUGUUAAGAUUUAGUAUAACCACGAAUUCGAAUCCCCUCGAACCAGUAAUUUUCCCUCAAACCACGAAUAUAUAUAUAUAUA